AUGGGCCAGCUGUGCGGGCGAUGCCUGCAGCUGCUGCGCGACUUCGCGGCCAUGGUGCAGAGGACGUCCGCAGCGCUGCUGCACGGCAUCAAGGAGUGCUUGGCUCUGAUCAGCCACUGCUCCUGCCUGAAACCCAGCGGCUCCAAGGGCCGGCAGCUCUACAAGCCCAUCCUGCAGCCACACGAGAGGGUGACAGCGCAGGAGUUCCUGCAGCACAUCGAGGCAGGUUUUGAAAUGUCACCGCUGGGAAAGGAGCCCCUGGAAGCCUUAAGGACCUUAGCCUUCUCAGAAAACCCAGGGUUACAACAGUCUGCAGCUCUCUACUAUUUGCAUAUGAGUCAGCACAUGAAUGUCCCCCUGCCUGUGGAGCACCUGGAGCCCUUCUAUGCCUUACUGCGCUCUACGGACCUGGAGGUGCAACAGAUGUCCUCACUGUCCCUUGUCAACUUUUUGCUGGAAGGAAACAUUGACAAAGAACUAGUUGUCCAAAUGGGUUUACUUGAGCCAAUUCUGGAGCUGCUUGAGUCAGGGGAUCCCACUGUCCAGUGUAAUUCCUGUGCCUGCACCAUGACUUUGGCCAUCUCAGAGUCCAACCGAGAGGCUAUUGGUGCUGCUCAAGGAGUUACGCCCCUGCUGGCUCUUGCCAAUUCCUAUGAUCCUAGAGUUCAACAAAAUGCAGUUGGUGCUAUUCUCAACCUCACACAAUCAGAGAAGAUCCAACAGGUCCUAUGCAAGGAAGGAGCCCUCCCAAUUCUCACUUUUCUGCUGGAGUCUCCUGACUCAGAAGUGCAGUAUUACAGCUGUACCGCCCUGAGCAACGUGGCCGCCCACGCGCAGCACCACGCGGCGAUGCUGCGCACGGGAGACAGGUUCCUGCUGCGGGCGCUCGUCUCCCUCCUGUCUUCCUCUGUGGACAAGGUUUCAAGCCAGGCAUGCGUCUGCUUAAGAAAUUUAGCCACCAGUGCGGAUACCCAGGUUGAGAUCGUUGCUCACAACGUCCUGCCCAAGCUGCUUUCCCUGCUGGCGUCUGGCAGUAGGGACGUCCGCCACGCCGCCGUCGCCCUGCUCUGGAUACUGUCCCAGCACCCGCGCAACCAGGAUGUCCUGACAUGUGCAGAGCUGCUGCAGAGCCUGAGGAUGCUGCUCGCAGUGCACAGAAUGGACCCUGUCAUUGCUGGCCAUACUGCUUGUAUCAUCCAAAACCUGAGUCUUUCCAAGAACAGACAGAGAAUCAUCGAGAGCCCCUGUGUUGAAGGUCUCCUCCAGACCAUGCUGUCUACUGACAUUCAAGAAGAUUCUCUCCACUACGUGACGUCCUGCCUUGCUGAGCUGGCAAAGCAAGAAGGAGCCGCGGGACACAUGGUGCCGUGCAUGGACGAGCCCUUGACGCGGUGCCUGGUGAGGCUGGCCGGCCAGCGGGACCGUGUGGAGCCAGCCUUUCACGCGGCCUCCAUCAUCCAGCGCCUGAUGGGGCACGAAAAGACGAUGCGCUUGUUGAGGUGUCACAUCGCGGAGACCCAGGCCUACCUGCGGAAUUUCCUUUCCCACCCCGAGGUCCGCUUCCAGCAGCUGGGCAUCGCGACGCUCUGCGGCCUGCAAGGAGAUCCAGAAUUUUCUUCAGCAUUCAGAAAAAGCCAAAUGACCAAACUCCUUGAACAGGUCCGUCAACAAACAGAAGAAACUCAAGAGCUCCUCAGGGCAGCUAUUUGUCACACAGACGGUUAAUGUUUAAGUCGGAUGCCUUACAAAAACCUAGCAAGUCCAAGAAACUGAACCUUCA